AUGAGACAGAAACGCAAAUUUGAGAGUCUUCUCCCUCCUGUUACCGAUGAGAAUUCCCUUCAACAAAGAGCCUCUCUAAUGAAAGAACAAGAAUUUAGGGAGUGGGCAGACCGGGAGAACUACAUCAAGCAGUUGCACUCGCGACUCUCACAAGAGGAAUUAUCUCAGGCGUUGAAGACAGACCGAAAGAGGAUCAAAACGCUCAGGCGUAUGUGGCAGCAGCGUAUUGCCGUGGAAAGUUUGAUAAGUCCGAAACGAUGGAAAGCAAUUACUUGCAGUGCUAACAGAGAAUCGGAUGCUUUUGCUCCUCGGUCAAACAAGGGAUACAUUCCAAGUGACCCGUAUGCGUCACUGGGUAUCGAAGUCCCAGCGUUGCAGGCCCUAGAGGACACGGCGACACGCCUCAGGCAAAAAGCCGCAAGGGAGCAGGCAGAGAGAGAUCGCGGCAGCACUCCAGGCCUCGAAGUCGCUAGCGCCAUUUUUCUCUCUGGCGGUUCUCAGUCAAGGACUGGAGCUGAGGCCAGCGUCUCUUUGAAAAAGUACCACAUGCGGAACAUACGAGAGCGACCUGAAACGCCUCGAGUUGAGGAGGUUUUGCCAGACGACGAGGCCGUCCAAGUAGCUGGAGUUUUGCUGCAGCGAGUUCUACGGGGGCAAACUCGUCAGCAGAGAAUGUUUGCAGGGAAGCACAUGAGACUCGACCUGAUAAGCUUCCUCCGCGCCGCUGAGCAACUGCACGACAUCCCAGCGGAAGACCAACGCUCUUACGCUAUCCGCGAAAUCACCGACGAAGCAGUCGAUGUUCUGGUCGCGUCUAUUCAAGGACAGGCUAUCUCGGAGACGUUGGAUGAACUGGCAAAGGAGCUCAGGAAAGUGGAAGAAGAAAGGAGGAUUGCUGUGAUGGUUAAUUUGGCAGAGAGAGACAGACGCCUGCGAGAGGCCCAAGAGUCCGGCACACGACAAGCUGAGGAACUACUACGCGCGCGAGAGGAUGAAACAUUCAGGCGCGUCAUGAGCCUGCAUCACCAGACCGUCGACUCCUACGUCGAGGGGAUACUCACAGCCUCCGUUGAAAAAGCGGCAAAGCAACAGGCCGUGAUCGAAGCGAAGCUGCGCAUCGAGCAGCUUUCGCACGUGGUCGACGAGCUUGAGGAAAGAUAUUCCAACCCCAAUACUGUAGUUCGCGAGCUCGUAACGAGUUUUCUUCUGCCGCAUGUCAAGAAGCAGCAGCUACAGAGGCAGUUACGAGUUGAAGAAGAGAAAUACAGCAUUGCGGCCCGCUAUGCUGUGGGAGAAAGUUUUCAACCACUGGGGACAGAAUUCGGCCCUCUUUUCCAAUAG